GGAGGAAGUGACGCAGAGCUGAAGGGCGGGGUGAGCCCUGCACCGGAAGUGUGUUGCGAAUCGUAAAUAGGUCUUGCAAGGCGAAGGGGUUGUCUCCAUCUUGCUCGGCUGCGGUUCUGUUGCGACGUCGUAGAGAUGGGGGCCGUCCUGGGGCUCUGCUCCGUGGCGAGCUGGAUACCCUGUUUAUGUGGCAGUGCACCAUGUCUGCUGUGCCGAUGCUGUCCUAGUGGAAACAACUCCACUGUAACUAGAUUAAUCUAUGCACUUUUCUUGCUUGUUGGAGUGUGUGUAGCCUGUGUAAUGUUGAUACCAGGAAUGGAAGAACAACUGAAUAAGAUCCCUGGAUUUUGUGAGAAUGAGAAGGGUGUGGUCCCUUGCAAUAUUCUGGUUGGCUAUAAAGCUGUGUACCGUUUGUGCUUUGGCUUGGCUAUGUUCUACCUUCUCCUCUCUUUACUGAUGAUCAAAGUGAAGAGCAGCAGUGACCCGAGAGCUGCAGUACACAAUGGAUUCUGGUUCUUUAAAUUUGCUGCAGCGAUUGCAAUUAUUAUUGGGGCAUUCUUUAUUCCAGAAGGAACUUUCACAACUGUGUGGUUUUAUGUGGGCAUGGCAGGUGCAUUUUGCUUCAUACUUAUACAGCUGGUUUUACUUAUUGAUUUUGCCCAUUCAUGGAAUGAAUCAUGGGUUGAAAAAAUGGAAGAAGGGAACUCAAGAUGUUGGUAUGCAGCCUUAUUAUCAGCAACAGCUCUGAAUUAUCUGCUAUCUUUAGUUGCUAUCGUCUUGUUCUUUGUUUACUACACUCACCCAGCUAGUUGUUCAGAAAAUAAGGCCUUCAUCAGCGUCAACAUGCUCCUCUGCAUCGGUGCUUCUGUAAUGUCUAUACUGCCCAAGAUUCAAGAGUCGCAACCAAGAUCUGGUUUAUUACAGUCUUCAGUCAUUACUGUCUAUACAAUGUAUUUGACAUGGUCUGCUAUGACCAAUGAACCAGAAACAGACUGCAACCCCAGUCUGUUAAGCAUAAUUGGCUUCAAUACAACAAGCAGUGUCCCAAAGGAUGGGCAGUCUGUCCAGUGGUGGCAUGCUCAAGGAAUUAUAGGACUCAUCCUCUUUUUACUGUGUGUAUUGUAUUCAAGUAUCCGUACUUCGAAUAACAGUCAGGUUAAUAAGCUCACGCUGACAAGCGAUGAAUCAACGUUAAUAGAAGAUGGAGCCAGGAGUGAUGGAUCUCUCGAGGAUGGCGAUGAUGUUCAUCGAGCAGUAGAUAAUGAAAGGGAUGGUGUUACCUACAGUUAUUCCUUCUUUCACUUCAUGCUUUUCCUGGCUUCACUUUAUAUCAUGAUGACCCUUACCAACUGGUACAGGUAUGAACCCUCUCGUGAGAUGAAGAGUCAGUGGACAGCUGUAUGGGUGAAAAUCUCUUCUAGCUGGAUUGGCAUCGUGCUGUAUGUUUGGACACUGGUGGCACCACUUGUUCUUACAAAUCGCGAUUUUGACUAACUGGGACUCUGGCAUGCAAGUCCCACUUUGAUCUUUGCUUAUUCAAAAUCAACAGUAUUUCCAACUUUUGUAAACUGUGUGUGUUUAUGUGCGUGUGCGUGCUUCCCGUGUAACUUCCCUAGGAUUGUUCUGGCAUGAACUAGGUAUUACUGCUUGGCAUUUUAUUUAUUGUUUUGUUGACAACUGCCUUUGAUAUGUGAAUUAAAAUGAAUUGCAAAGGAAGAAUCUUACAAGUCUGAUAGAUAGUAAGUUACAAAAGUGGACAUUGGUAGGUUUUAUUUAGCCUCUGCUUUGUACCUGUGAAAUUGAGUAAAAACAAUGAAGUUUGACAGUUUGCUUUUAAAGUUGUGUUAGACCUUAAACUUUUAGAAAAUAUAAAUGUAUGACUGACUGCCAUUUAACAUAUGUAAGAUCUUCAAAGCAUUUAUGGAAAACGUGUUAGGAAAACAUGCAUGAAUUUCAAAAAUCUUAGGUCUCAAAAAGACCUUUAAUUCCCUUUUCCAUGAACUUUUUGAGGUAUCCUUGCAUAUUGUGUGUGUUACCUUGUAGGAGUGGCAAAAUAUAGUUAUUUUAAAAUUGUUUAAGUAAGGCAUUUAAAUGCCAGUUGUCUAAAAAGCCUUGUCAACUUUUCUGUUUGAUAUGAAUUUGGAAGAACUUAAGAGAUGGAAUGUUUGAUGGAAAAGAGUGGUUAUGGGCAGAGGCUGAGGCAAAGAGCCUUCAUAGAAAGAUCAAUGGUGGUUGGGUAGUGAAUUACUCAGUGAGAUUGCAAUUUGAGAU